AUGGAUAGGGGUGGUGAUAUCAAUUGUUGUGAUAGUGCUUGGGAUGACCCUGAAUUGAAUUACAUUCAAAGCAUAUUGGUUGAUGUUGGUUUGCCCGAGACUGAUGAUCCCUAUUCCUAUUGGAAUCAACCUGCCCCAAGACCUAUUGCGGAGAUUGAUGCGUCUCUUUCUGGUGCUACAUCCCAAGACAAGGAAAGCACUGAAGUAGAAUGCCCACGGAAGAGGGGGCGAGGAGAUGCUGCUUGCAGUAAAGUUGGGAGCAAAGCUUGUCGUGAGAGAUUAAGGAGAGAGAAACUGAAUGAAAGAUUUGCUGAGUUGUGCUCUACUUUGGAACCUGGGAGGCCUGUAAAAACGGACAAGUUAGCUAUACUGGGAGAUGCUAUACGAGUGGUGAGCCAGCUAAAAUCUGAAGCUCAAGAGUACAAAGAGUUGAAUGAAAAGUUAGCUGAAGAGAUUGAAACUUUGAAGGCUGACAAGAAUGAACUCCGUGAAGAGAAACUUAUGCUGAAGGCAGAAAAGGAUAAGAUGGAGCAGCAGUUGAAAGCCAUGUCCGUCCCAACGGUUCCACUUCCCACUCCCGGUUUCAUGGCACCUCAUCCUGCUGCUUAUCAAGCUGGAAUGAACAAGAUGGCUGUUUAUCCUGGAUACGGUUUUGUUCCAAUGUAUCAGUAUCUGCAACCACCAUCUCGUGAUGCAUCUCAGCCUUCUCAGGAUCAUGAGUUGUGGUCUCCUGCAGCUUAA